AUGGAUUCAAAUACUUCGGAAACUACUAGUAUAUUAUCAGAAACACAUCAAAGUGUACGAACUCCAGAUUCCGAAAGUCACAACACGUCUGCAGUCUUAGAUUAUUGCAAAUGCAAGCUAUUACUGCCGUAUGCUUGCAUUCUUGGAUUGAUGGGCCUAAGGCCUAUGUCAAUAGAAAGAUCUGCUACUUGGAGCCCUACAUCGUUGUUAGGACAUACACAGACUGCAUUUAUUGGUAUUUCUCUAUUAUUUGGCUACUUUAUUCAAUUUGCUACUUGUUUUAGACGAGAUAGAGGAUAUUGUUUGAGAAAUAAUAACUCAUCUUCAGACAUUUUAGUAAAAUCAUCACAAUGGCCAAAUGAUGAAAGAAUUUGUAAUGCAAGUAUAUUAUUUAGCUACGUAAUUCCUGGCUUAUUGCAUUUUUUUGGAUACAUAUAUUCUGUUAUUAUAUUUCGAAUUUCUGACAAUGAACAUUUGCAACACUUGAUAGAACGGGUCUUUAUAUUAUCAUCAAGUCCUGGAGAAUUGACAAAAAAUCCCAAAAAAAUACUACGAGUAUUAUGGAGUUUUAUAAUAUUCGGUUUGCUUUGGACACUUUGCUCUUGUAUGACUGUAGAAAUUACCAUAGUAGGUUUUAUUUUUAGGCCUUCCAUGUUUAAGACCAUUCUAAAAGCUUUAGUUAUAUACACUACUUUAUGCCAAGAUGCAGUUCAAGCUACGGUAAUAGCUUGUUAUUGUAUUCAAGUGCAACUACUCAAAUAUCAAUUACAGUUUUUGCGAGAAAGACUCGUCCAAAGAACAAUCCAACCACUUGAUUGGAUGAGGGAAAUAAGUGAAUUUCGUCUAUUGUUAAGACAUCUAAAUGAAAAAGUGUCGCCAGCAAUAGGACUUUUUACAAUCGUCAAUGUUUCAUGGACUUGCUCAGGUCUAAUAUGGUUGUUAAAUUAUGAUAACAUUGAAAGUAGCAAGCUUUGCCAUAUAACAGCUCACAUAAUAAAUGUUUUUUUGUGGCUGGUGAUAACAGCUGCACCUUUUAUUCAAGCUGCUAGAUUGACAACAACCUGUGUUUCGCUGAAAAGUGUAGGACAUGAAAUUGUAGUAAGACCUUUUGUACAUAUGGACACAUCACAUGAAGAUCUACACACAGUUUUGCUUUAUACAUCAACUUUAAGUAUAAGUGCCAAAUUAUUUAGGAUACCCGUGACGCCCCGUUAUCUAUGUUUUAUAAUAUCUAUGACCUCAGUUAUUACACUAAUUUUGGGAAUGUGUCAUUUUUUGCAAUUUAGCCCAUAA